GCACAAAAUAGAGCUUCGAAGUUCAAACACGAAAGAGCAGUGAAGAAGGUCUCGCGAGUGGCAGAAGGACUUGCGAGAAGCUGAAGCAGAGAAGCUCGCCCGCGCGAGAGAGAGAGAGAUGGGGUUGCAGUGGGUGAUACUGACGUACGUGGUGGCGGCGGAGGCGGCCGUAGCUCUCAUCCUGACCCUCCCCUCCCCGAAGCUACUCAAGGAAAAAUUGGUCUCUUUCGUCUCUCUCAUCCUUCAGCCAGCCCUCUUCAUCGUCCCCUUUGUGGGGUUCCAGCUACUGGAUAUUUACUGGAAGAAUGAGCACCGCAUGAUGUGCACGUCUGAGAUCUGCACUGCUGCUGAAAGAGAUCGAUAUGAGAAAUCUAUCUACAAAGCUCAGAGGAAUGUUAUUCUAUGUGCUUCAGCUUGCCUCCUCUACUGGUGCAUCUAUAGAAUCUGCAAAUACUACAAAGAGAUUCAGAGCUUGGAGCAAGUGGAGAAGAGGUACAAGGAGCAGUAGACAUCAUCAAAUGCUCCUCAUCUUCAGUAACUAGUCUUCUUCUUCGUACCACAUUUGUGUUGGAGAUCUGUGAUUGAGUGUAUCUGACUUUUGUAGCUGCCUCUGUUUUGUUUGCUGGAUACUACAGUUUACAAUGUGAAAUUUCACUUAGAAAUGAAGAUUAUGAGUCUUAUUUCAGUUCCA